AUGUUUGCUGUGCCGGAGAUCCCACACUUUGACGAACUCCCCCUUCGCGAGGGCGAUCCUCCACUCUCAGCCUGGGGACUGUGGAAGAAACCGGAAUUCGGUGCCCUCAACUAUCUAACCGACAAGGCUUUGGCGCAAGCUGCUCGCGAUGAGAUUCAGACUGGAGAAAGAGUAUCUAUGGACCUGCCCUUGGACUUGAUAGAUCCUCCUCUUCUGGGAAGACGAGGGUUUCAGAGAGAGAUCAUCAACAAGGCCCCCAAGGUUGUAAAUGAUGAUGUGAUUACGUUUAAUACCCAAGGAAGCUCCCAGUGGGAUAGUUUCCGACAUUUUGCCUAUCAGAAAGAGGGCAAGUUCUAUAACGGAGCUACCCAAGAUGACAUUCAUGGCGACCAGUCAAGCACCGUUGGAUCUUCUUCCCUUUGGACAAAAGGACUGGGCGGUAUUGCUGGUCGUGGCAUCUUAAUCGAUUAUUACACCUGGGCAAGUGAAAAGGGGAUUGAAUAUAACCCUCUCAGCACACACGCUGUCCCCUUGGAUGCGGUCAAGGACAUUGCUCGCGAGAAUGGUAUCGAAUUUCGUCCAGGGGAUAUUCUCUUUCUACGGACCGGCUUCGUCAAUGGUUACUUGCAGCUCAACAGCACUCAACGAGAAGAAGUAUCCAAGGCGCCUCGCUUCCCUGGGCUCAGCCAGUCACGAGAAACUACAGAGUGGCUAUGGGAGCGACAAUUCUCUGCUGUAGCAGGUGAUAAUCCAGCAUUUGAGUGUGUCCCUUCGGCCAACCCUGAGUGGCUUUUACACCCUAUUCUUCUUGCUGGGUGGGGCACCCCAAUUGGCGAGUUGUUCGACCUCGAGGCACUGGCAGAAAAGUGCAAGAAAUUGAAGCGUUGGUCGUUCUUUCUCACUUCGGCGCCGUUGAACUAUACAGGGGCCGUGGCGACACCGCCCAAUGCCAUCGCUAUCUUUUGA